AUGAAUCAAAAGGAGAAGUUUAGCAAAGAAGAUGGAGCAGAAAAAGUUAAUAAAGGGCUAUACAGGAGUCUGAUCGGCUGUUUGAUGUAUCUCACAGCUACAAGACCGGAUAUAAUGUUUGCAGUAAGCUUAAUGUCAAGGUUUAUGAAUUGUGCCAGUGAAGUGCAUUUUGCAGCUACUAAAUGUAUUUUAAGAUAUGUCAAAGGUACAACAGAUUAUGGCAUUAAGUAUUCUUGCCGUCAUGAUUUCCAGCUCCAAGGAUUUUCUGACAGUGAUUGGACAGGUAUUACUAAGGACAUGAGAAGCACAACUGGUUUUUGUUUUAGCUUUGGUUCAGGUGUUUUCUCAUGGAGUUCAAAAAAGCAAGAUGUGGUUGCUCAAAGUACAGCAUAG